GCUGCCACCCAUCUUCGAUCCUCACCUGCGGGUAAACAUCAUGGAAGAUUCUCAGAGUGAGCAACAGCGGAUAAUACGACGCCACCACCGCGAGAAAAAGGAGCUGCAGGCCCGAAUCCAGGGCAUGAAGAACUCAGUCCCCAAGAGCGACAAAAAGAGAAGAAAGCAGUUGCUCCUCGACGUGGCCCGCCUUGAGGCCGAGAUGGAGCAGAAGCACCAGCAGGAGCUGGAGAAGUUCCGAGAGAGCUUUCCUGAUAACAGCAACCUCGACUCCGUCACUGAAGAUCUCGCCAAGAUGGAUCUUGAGAACCAGCCUCCUCGGCAGUCCCGGGCACAGAGAAGGCGCGAAAGAAGGGCGGCUCUUGAGAGGGAGCGCCAGGAGAGGAUCACCGAGGCCGAGAUGGAGCACCUGGCUAGCUUCCGCCGCGAUGAGGAGGAGAAGCUCGCCACCAUUCUAGGAUCCAAGAAUCUGGAGCUGAAGGAUAUCCCGGCCGAUGGCCACUGCAUGUAUCGCGCCAUCCAAGACCAGCUGGUGUUCUCGGUGACCGUAGAGAGCCUCCGGAAACGCACCGCCGAUUACAUGCGCAAGCACGUGGACGACUUCCUGCCCUUCUUCAGCGACCCGGACACCGGCAACGCCUACAGCCUCGAAGACUUCUUGAGCUACUGCGACGACAUCGUGCGCAGCCCCUCGUGGGGAGGCCAGCUCGAGCUGAGGGCCCUGUCGCACGUCCUGCAGACGCCCAUCGAGGUGAUCCAGGCCGAUUCGCCCGCUGUCGUCAUCGGCGGGGAGUACACCCGGAAGCCGCUCACCCUCGUCUACCUGCGCUACGCUUGCAACCUCGGCGAGCACUACAACUCGGUGAGGCCGCUCGAGGCCGGCGCCGUCGGGGGCGCGGCCCCGCGGCUCUUCUAG